UGAUGGGAUAACACGCUUUCAGCGACACUUGGCUCAGCACGGAACAUCAACUUUUGAAAGCAUGGAUUCAGUGGGUUCUUAGUUUGCCAAAAAAGACAAUAACAAGUGACAAUAACGUUGAAACUAGAGUGAAUCGGUUGCAGGUUUUGCCCGAGGCAUGAAUCUGUAGACUCUCCUGCAGGUUUGCUCUCAGUAGGCUUGCAACCGCCAGCUAAGCUAGCUAAGUUGCUAGCUAGCUAGCUAGCUUCAUUGCAGUUAAAAAUGACUGACUGCUGCGCUGCAGUGAACUGUGAUUACCAGCGAGGAGAAUCGGGAAACUCCACUCCGCUCUUCAGCUUUCCUUUGGAUCCAGAGCGAUGCAAACAAUGGGUGAACAACUCUCAACGGCAGGAUUUGGCGUCAGAACCUCCUGAACAGUUGCAUAAGCAGUACAGACUUUGUGCAAAGCACUUUGAGCCCUCAGUGAUCUCUCAACAGAGCGGCUCCUGUAGCGUGUUACGGGAAGAUGCUGUUCCAACGAUAUUUAACUUCACAACACCUGUGAAUAAUCAGUCAGCCAGCAACAGGAAACGAACCCGGGAUCCUUCCGAAGAGGAAGCGACUUCUGUGAAGAAAACAAAAGAAACAGAAGACUCUAAGGUGAAGAGCGAGGCCUCUGGAGAGAACAGUGUGACACCUGAACUGCAGAAAGAGAACCAAACCCCAGAGGAUGCAGCCACCUCCAAAGCAAAAGAGACUCUGAAAAUUUAUUUCAAAGAAAUCCUGGCACUCACUGGAUUCAGCAUCAAUGGUGCAAACAUCAAAGCUGAUGAGCCGAUCGGAGGUGCGAGAGGUCCGCAGACUGUCAACCCAAUCUGCGUGGAGAAAAUUGACAAGAAAGAAAUCCUGCAGUUUAGUGAAGACCUCAUGCGGGAGGAGAUCCAGAACAGCCUCAGACUGGCUCGGUUCUUCUCCAUUCUGCUUCAGGACGUGACGAGUAUAGAGGGAAAAGAUCAGAUUCCAGUUUUCAUCAGGUCUGUCACAGUAGAUGGCUUUCCACAGAAGCACCUCAUUGGGUUCUUACCAUGCGACAUAGAUGCAGAGAAUCUUUUUUACAUGCUUCUGUCAGAGCUGAGGAACAAAUGGGGCCUGAGGAUGGAGCACUGCAGGGGACUGACGUAUCUGGUUACAGGCAACAUGUGUCAGAAGAUGCGAGACCUCACCUGUAAGAUUCUGCAGGAGUUCCCCCAGGUGGUUCUGUCACCUAGCGACCCAUACGCCUUUAACAUAUGGAUUAUCCGCUGCAUGCCUGUGCCCUCCAUUCAAAAGGUGGCAGACACUGUGGAGGAGGUGGCUGUGUUACUCAGGAGAGCACCAGAGCUGUACAGAAGAUUGGAGGGAAAUAUCCAGUUGACAUACGGGCACAUAAAAGGAGAAGUUGACAGGAUAAAGACAGCGCUCGGGGAGAACUGGGAAUAUGGCACUGAUGCCUUUCAGACCAUGUUAGAAAUCCUGGAGCCAUUCCUGAACUGCAUCAAUGAGAUGAUUUCAAAGGUAGAUGAGGAUACGGCUGAACAGAUGGCCAAGCUCAAGCCAAUUUUGAAGAAUUUCAAUUUCAUCAUCACCCUUGUUGUUCUGAAGAACACCCUCUGUUGUGUGAGCAUACUCAACUCUAGUCUCAGGGGAAUUAUUAGCAUCAGCAGUACCUUACAGUACACAAUCUCCAAUGCCUUAAAGCUGGUGAGCAAAUACCAACAGGAGCUUGCAAUAUUCAACAGAAAAUGGUUUUCAGAUGCAGUAGGCAGAGCAAAGAAACUGGGAGUGGAGGUGACGAAACCAGAGAUGGGCCAAGCAGGCGAAGAUGAGACCUCACUGGAGGACCUCUACAGAGAAACCCUGGGCCGGCCUAUCCUUAAUUAUCUUGUCGCCGAGGUAAAGAGAGUGUUCAGCAUAGAGAUGGUGAGGAUUCUCAGAUGGCUUUCCCUCGUACCAUCUUACAUGGCUGACCACAAUUUCAGCAUUCGCAGAGAUAAAGUAGCAGAUGCCAACUUGAACAACCUGGCAAGACCGGACACGUUCUACGAAGAGCUCGGUUGUUGGGAAGUGAAGUGGAGGCAUGCGAGCAAGCGCAGGAUCCUGCCGACCACAGUGUUUGCCACGCUCAAGAUUCCAGAUAUCGGGUUUUAUCCCAACGUGCAGAGCUUGUUGAGGGUAUUGGGAACUGUUCCAUGCGUAAAUGCAGAAGCAGACGUUUACGGCCAGUACCACAUGGUGCUGGAGCGGUGCCACGCCUACCUGAGAGCCACACCAGAGGACCAAAGACAGUGCAGCAUGGCGUAUGUGUACGUAAACCAAGAUGUGCACUUCAGUGUUGAAAAAAUGGUUGAGUCAUAUGUCCAGAAGCACCCAGACAUCCUGCAGCUGCUGCAGAAGGAUGAAGACGCAAAGGAGAUUCCUCCUCAAGUGGCAUCCCAUGGGAACCAUGCUGAAAAGGACACUGAAGAAGAAUUACAACUCAUAAACCUGGAGAUGGAUGCUGAGAGGCUUGUGGAGUUGAAAUGUGCAGAGACUGACAGAGAAGCUCUUAAAUCUGCUCUGCAGGCUGCGGUGACGGCUGCAUACAGCAGUCAAAGCAGACAUCAUGGUGACACUUCUGUUCAGGACGGAGAGGUCGAGUAUGUGACCAAGUCUGAAAUGAACGAGGUUCUCGCUGUGUGUGAGAAAGCUGUCAGAGAGGGAAUCCUCACAGAAGUGGGGAGUUCAUUCUUCUCCUUAUUCAUCGACCGUGUGGUGAAGUUUGGGGAAAAGGACUAUCUACCACUUUUUCUCAGGUUUGUGGACAGUUUCGAUGUAAUGCGACUGGAGCUUAUGGGGUUCCUUGAGGCAGAUCUUGAUUGUGAUGCCAUGGUACAGCGUCUCCAUGAGAUAGUCACAGUCGAGUGGCGUCUGGAUCUGAAUAACUGCAGAGGACAAGCAUAUCUGGGCUCUGGUGAUGUCUCCUACAAGCUAAAAGCCUUUGCCUGCAAAGUCCAGGAGAAGCAUCCUCUUGCCAUAAGCACACACUGCUCUUCCUACUCUUUUAACACAUGGUGGUCUAAAUCCAUCCCAGUGCCUGCCGUUAAGAGAGCCCUGGAUACAUUUGAGGAGGUGUUGAUGUUUUUUGGCAGCACUGCUGCUCUACAAAAACAACUAGACCAUGUAAUAGACUUUGGACUGAGAGAGAGCUAUGAGAAGGUCCAAGAGCUGCAGGGGAAGUUUUGUGCCCAGUGGCAAGAGAAGCACGAUUCUUAUGAAGUGUUUGUGCAGAUGCUUGAGCCACUGGUUGAGUGUCUGGAGAAAAUCAAAAACAACCCACAGAGAUGGAAAGGUUUCGUCUCUGAACAGGCUGGGGCACUGCUCCGCAGAGUGAUGGAGUUUGACUUCAUCAUCGCGAUGGUCGUCCUCAAGAAUGCAUCCUCUUUUACUAGAGAGCUGAGCGCGGGUCUUCAGAAGGACCACUUAAGUGCUGCAUCUCAACUUUGCCAAAUCGGUGGCAUUGUAGCCUCUCUAACUCGAGUGAAAACAAAUAUGAAAGUCUUUCAUCAGAACUGGUUUGACGAGGCUUGCGCAAUGGCCCAGAGUCUAAGAGUGCAGAUUGAAGUGCCUGAAAACUCAAUGCCAAGAGACGGCAUGAUCAAGCCAGUCGGCUUUUACAAAGAUGCACUCAGCGUGCCCCUUGUAGAUAACUUAAUCAAUGCUGUGAAGGAUCAUUUCUCAGACGACCACAAAGAAGCUCUAAACUUUCUCUCCCUCGUUCCCUGCUCGGUCACAGUGAGUUACAUGUUUGAGAGCUUGAAGUCAAAGCCUCCUCUCUACAGCAGAGAUCUCCCUGACGCUGACAACUUCUUCACUGAGCUCUGCUGUUGGAGAGUAACAUGGAAGACCAAAGUUGCUUCUGUGACGAUGCCAAGCUCCAUCUUCCAAACAUUACGCCUGCCCAUCAUGCAGUACUUUGGUAACAUCAAUGUGCUGCUGAGGGUCAUGUCGGUGCUACCCAGCACAGCACUGGAGGACUGUGGGGUCGUUAUGCGCCACAAGAAGUUUCAAGACUACCUGAGUGACACAAAUCCCAAAGACAGGUCCCUGUGUUUGGCUAUGCUUCAGGUGGGCACUGACUUCAGCAGAGACCUCGACCACAUGGUGACCCAGUGCUUGAAGGUUACUCCACAAGCGCUGGAGGGUAUCUGUCUGGACAAGGAGUCGAAAAGUUUCAACAAGAACUCUGAAAAUAACAUGGAAGUUGACUUGGUCAAAGAGGAUUAUGAGGAACCAAACAUUCAGCAGUCCCCAGACAACACUGAGGUCCAAGACAUUAAACCAGCAGAUGAGAACGGUCAUGCAGGAGACAAUCGUCGAAGCAUUGCAACGGUAUUCAGACAAGCUGCUCUACUAGGGAAAAAGAAUAUUCAUCUCUCUGACCUCUCUGAAGAGAGCAGAGAGCUUCUCAACCAGGAACUCAGCAUGUGCCAGUGGUAUGAAAGUGACAGCAGAUGCACAUUUUUAAGCGACGAUGAAGUGGUGAACCUCCUCAUAAAUGGAAUCAGAGAUGUCAUCCUUAAAGAAAUACAGGAAUCCCCAUUCUUCUCACUAAUCACGGACAAACCUGUCAGAAUUGCAGACAAGACACACUUGCCUGUUUUUGUCAGGUAUGUGGGAGAAUCUGCUCCCAAAGUUGAGCUCAUGGGUUUCUUACCAUUUGAUGAAAACGGUCAUAUUGAUUCACAAGCAAAGAACCUCGCCAAGAUUCUCACUGAAGACUGGGGACUGCCGAUGUCUCAGUGUCGUGGACAGGCAUUCAUGCACUUGGGUUCAGGUUAUCAAAGCCUGAAGAAAAUGUCUCUGGAUUUCCUCAAGAGCUAUCCACUCUCUGUCGUGACGCCCAGUGAGUCUUGUGGCCUAGCCCAUUGGCUGUCAGGAAGCGUGCCUUGCCCUUCAGUAGCAAAGAUGUUGGACAUCACAGAAGACCUGCUUCUGUUCUUUGAUGAGUCUCCUCAGCUUGAGGGGCAGCUUGCACAGGCUGUCGAUGGCCUUCUGAAUAUGCCAAGAGAGGCGCUGGAGGAAAUACCCGAAACAUGCUGCUCGAGAUGGAAGAAGAGGGAGGACUUCUUUGACAUUCUCGCUGACACAUUAGAGGGCAUUCUCAGUUGCCUGGAGGCUGUCAGCUCUAGUACCAUAGGCGUUAAGUCCAUGCAUGCCCAAGUUCUCUCUUCCGCUCUGAGAAAUAUGGAUUUCAUAGUCACCCUUGUAAUUUUAAAGAAUGCAUGUGCUCCUCUCCGUAAUUGUAGCACUGUCUUCCGCUGCGGAAAUCCUGCUGAUAUUCUUUGUGAAGUGGAAAAAAUCCCCUCAAUCAUCGAGACUCUUAACAAAAUGUUGCAGAAUGUGAGCACAUUGCACUCAUCUUGGUUUGAGCAGGCAUUCCAGCUGGCCACCAGGGUAGCACCUGAACAGGUAUGCUUCUCAGAGGAGGCCAGCAGCUAUGAAUCUCCAGAGAUUUAUUACAGAGAAAAUCUAAGUGUUCCUCUCCUUAGAAGCCUUGUCGAUGAAAUGAAGUACAGCUUCUCAGAGGGCCACUUAAGGGCCCUCUCAGUUCUGUCAUUGCUGCCCUCCUGUAAUCCUCAGCCCGUUCUACCAGAGUCCACAGACAAGCCAUUCAGCAUCUACCUUACAGAUGUUCCUGAGCCUGAAGCAGCAGAGCAGGAAAUCAGUGACUGGGCUGCAGUUUGGAGAGAGAAAUACCAGGAUGUUGCUCCUCCAGCCUCCAUCGCUGAAACACUUAACCAUCCUGAGUCAAAGAGCCACCCAACUGUCUCCUUACUGCUCAGAAUAGUGGCUGUCCUGCCAAGCGUCAGUAUGGAGUGUGACCUGAUGAAGACCACCCUGAAUUCCUUGAGGGAUCUUUUGAAAAACACUAUGUGCAAAGGCAGCAGAACAGAUCACGUCAUGCUUCUGUCUCACAGUACAACACUGCAGAGACUGCCAGAGGUCGUUGAAGAGUGUGCAGCUGUGGAUCCUGAGAGCAGUCCAUGCCUUUACCAGGUGAUGGGAACUCUGGAAACACUCAAGUUGGUCAGCGGAGGCGUUGAACUGCAUGAAGAGGUUCCAAAAGAACUGAAGGCAGAGAAUCCAACAGACCAAGGCAUAGAACCAACUGUUGAUCAAGGACAGAGAACAGCCCUCUCUUUCUAUGACCCAGAACUGCGCGAACAAAUCCUCAAGGAGCUCUGGGACUCCCAGUUCUUCACAGUCAUAACAGAGCAAGCUGUUGAUAUUGAGGGUGAGCUCUAUGUCCCUGUGUGCAUCAGAUUCCUAAACAAAGAGGGCAUCCAGUGUGAGGAAACAUUAGCUUUUAUACCCUUUUGCGGAGACCCAGUUGUCCUUGCAGAUGCCAUUGAGACGGCUCUGUCUCAGAAAUGGGGGCUCAACAUGGAGUUCUGUAGAGGCCAGGCGUUGAUGAGUUUUGGUGAGAUAGGAGCUCAGAUGAAGGCUGUAAGUUUAGCUUUAGCACAGAAAUACCCUCAAGCUCUAAGAACGCUCAGCUUUGCUUUGUCUCUUAACAUAUGGCUGGCAAGAUCCUCUCCUGUUCAAGAAGUGGCAGAUGGAGCAGCUCUCAUAGGAAAAGUAUUACACUGGCUCACAGAGGAUUCAGAACGCCAGAACAAACUGGAAGACAUGAUCAUUCACGUGUUCCAGCACGAUGAAGGUAGAGGCAACGAGCUGAGGGACAAACUGAUCAAAAACUGGGAGAAGAGUCACGACAUGCACGAGUUGAUGGUGGAGAUCUUAGAGGCCGUCAUGCUCUGUCUGAAUGAGCUGAAAAUGGAGGGAAGCCCUUCAAAUCAGCAGCAGGCUUCACAGAUCUUCGAUGCGAUCAGAAACUUUGAGUUUAUCCUAUCAACUGUGGUGCAAAAGAACGUCUUGAGUGUAACUAAGAAGCUCAGUCAGUGUCUUCAGGGCAAACCCUUGGAUAUGUUGCAUGCUGUGCACAAUUUCCCUGAUCUCAAAGCAUCCCUCUGUAAACUUCAGAGUGACAUAGACACCCAUCACAAGGCCUGGUUUGAAGAAGCCAUUGCACUGGCUUCUAAACUUGACAUUACAAUGUUGCAUUCAGUGCUACUAGAGCCACUGAGCGAGUUCUACAAAGAAUCUAUAAGCACGAAAGUUGUUGAGCAGUCGAUAGCAGAAAUCGACGACCUCUUCACAGAGAAGGUAUUGGAUACCUUGAGGUGUCUGGAGAUUGUGCCUUAUGCAAUGUCCAAAGUAGAAACCAGCAUCCUUAGUGGUCUUGUGUUUCGCUUGUACAAAGAGGACUUGCCAGAUCAGGGUUCCCUUCAUGCUGAGAUGAAGUCAUGGAAAGAGAAAUGGUUGGGUACCGUGGCGGGAUAUCUCCCAACGACUGUGCUCGAUACGCUCAAGACGUCGCAGACCAGAAGUUUCAGUAAUAUUGAGACUCUCCUCAGACUUUUGGUCAUCUUGCCGUUUUCAAGAAGGGAGAGCAAUUUCAGGCAGGGAAAAAGAAGUUUGCAGGAGUUUAUACAGCAGGAAAACAGAUCCCUCGCUGAGCUACAUCCUCUGUAGGUGCAGGUCUUCCAUCAACCCUAGCAGGUUUGAGAAAUUAAUUUGAGAUGUCGGCGCCUCCAUACUUCAGAGCCAAUGUUUCUCAAUCUUUGUUGAGACGCUGAGCUCUCACUCAAUCUGUGUGUACAUUAUUGAUCUAAAUUCUUUGAGAUUUUCUUUUGUUAUCCUGCAAACCAAGUCCUAUGUUAUAUUCUGUUAUUUUCGUUCUGUAGUUUGUACAGCUGUACUGCCCAAUGGGACCAAUGUCUUGGCAAAAAAGCAAUGCUCCACUGACGGUUCUCAAUGCUUGUGUGCCUUGAUGCAAAACUAAUAAUUCACCCCAUGUAUCAUGAUAACACAGAUGUUGAAAAAUGUCCCAUUGGCGUUGACUGACCUCUGUUUCACUGUCAUGAAUUUAUCAUAAUCAUGAAAAUGCACCCUUACCUUUUUUCCUGGGCACAAAUAGAAAUUGUUAGUUUGAUCAUGUCUCCAGAUGAUUUCCCAUGUUUCCUGUCUGUUUGCAGGAAUGAAUUUGCUGUAAACGUAUCUUUGAAAGAAUGUUUCCUUGAUAGGAAAAAAAACCUUCAUAUAUAUUUGUCAAAAAAGUAAUAAAAA